UUCAUCCUGUCAGUAAUUAACCAUGAGACCCAACAUAAACCCCAAACCUCUAUCCUCUCUCCUUUUUCAUCCAAAAUUUGUCUAUCACUGGAUAUUCACCUGCCAGGUUUUCAUAAUAAUCUCUGGUCUAUCUGGAAGUAACUUCUUGGACUUGAGAAGAUCUGUAGCAGAGAACCGAUUUGGAUUUUGGAAUGAUUUAAAUCCAGUUUGUGGAUAAAUUUCUUUCACGAGACAUACACAAAGUUCUGAACAAAAUCCACAGAGAUGUCCUUAGUGCUCCGCUUGAGAACGUUCCAGCAUUUCCAGUCCCUGAGGAUAAUAGGAGCACGGACGCUGACGUCAGAACGCUCGGGGUUCACGCCCAUCAGGAGUCAUGAGCUCAGGGACCCGGUUCCAAAUGCACUGCUAACGUUCAAGGACCCACGAGCGUUUCAGGCUAAGAGCUUUUGGGAACUCGUAAGAGCACUCGGGGUUUUUAGACUCUGCUCUUACCCUGCGCUGGUCAAUAACUGUGACAAGCUUAUGUCGUUCACAAGGGCCAUCCUGGGCAAACGCGUUUUCGCCAUGGUCCUUCGUCCGUUUGUGUACGCUCAGUUUGUUGCCGGGGAAACCGAGAGUGAGAUUGCAGCAUCCAUGGAGAAGAUGAACUCGCUAGGACUACGUCCCAUGUUGGCUGUUCCCAUUGAAGAGGAUCUAGGAGAAAGCUCUGGAGAGAAGAGGUACGAUGACAACUUGGCAGCCAUGUUGGAGUGUGUGCGCAUGUCUCACAGCAAUGCUUGGAGCAAAGAUCCCAUGAUGCAGCUGAAAAUCACCGCCUUGAUCAGCCCCGAGCUUUGUGUCAAUCUGACGUCCUUGCUGAAGAAGCACCAUUAUGAUCUUGACCUGGUGGUCAGAGCUAUGGACGGAGAGUCUGUUACAUUUCCUGGACUCAGAGAAACUGAAAACACACAUUUUCUUCUUGGACUCAACAGACUAAACCAAAUCGGAGAGGCAAGUGUUAACAAAGUCAGAGUGCUAGUGGAUGCCGAGUACACGUACAUGAAUCCUGCGCUCUCGCUCGUCACUAUGGCCAUGAUGAAGAAGUUCAAUCUGGAUAGCGCCUGGAUCUGGAACACGUACCAGUGCUACCUGAAGGAGUCCAGAGACCUUGUGUUCGAUGCUAUCCGUCUGUCUGUGGACCAGUCUUUCUGCCUCGGGGUUAAACUUGUCCGAGGUGCAUAUAUGGACAAGGAGAGGAAGCUGGCGAUCAAGGAAGGACGAGAUGACCCCAUUCACCAGUCCUGGGAGCACACAAACAACAGCUACAACGAGUCUCUGGAAGUGAUGCUUAACCUGAUUUCUCAGCAGCCUGACCGCUACAAGAUCAUUGUAGCAACUCACAAUGAAGAAUCUGUUAGAAAGGCGGUGACGUGGAUGACUGAGUUAGGGAUUGCUCGAGAAGGAGGUUCAGUGUGUUUUGGUCAGCUUCUGGGGAUGUGCGAUCAUGUGUCUCUCACUCUGGCUCAGCAGGGUUUCUCGGUGUAUAAGUCGGUGCCUUAUGGCUCAGUGGAUGACACUCUGCCGUAUCUGGUUCGGCGGGCUCAGGAGAACCGAACCGUGCUGCAGGGGAUCCGCAAAGAGAGAGACCUGCUGAGGCAAGAGCUACGUCGCAGACUCCGGGAUAAGAUCACUCGAGCCAAGUAGAGAGAGGGAGAAAGAGCAAAAACAACAGAAGAUAAGGUCUGCAGUAGGAACGUGCUAGCUGAUUAAACUGAAGUCAAAUUAAGUGAAGUAAUGAGUAAUUGGUACAAUGAAAAGAAAAGAAAAGAUAAGAUGAUUUUAUGAUAAGUGUAAUCUCACUGCAUAGGUAUGGUUUGCGAAAUGUACUACGCUACUGCUACGUAUACUUUCCAUGUGGUGUUUUCCUGCAUUACUCUGCUUAAAGUGUGCCUCAUUAUAUCAUCAGCUUGUAUUACAUCAGCUUGUGGGCUUCUGAAUGUUUACUUAGACUUUCGGCUUUUUCUCCAAACCACCCCAACACCAAAUGGAGAGAAAAGGAGAGGGGGGCUCUGCGGUCAUUAUCACCUGCUCUUUAAUGACUUUCAGCGCUACAGCCAGUUCACUCCCA